AAUAGCCAUUAUAUUGCACCAAAGAUAAAAGAGAAGAAACUUGUAUUUGUCUAGUAUACACUUAUUUGGAUUGUAACUUGUUACUUAAUAUUUCAAUUCAUCACUUAGUUAUAUUUUUAUCUUCAUGGCAAGAGGAGUAGAGCCUUUGAUAAUAGGAAGGGUUAUAGGAGAGGUGGUUGACAUUUUCAACCCAAGUGUGAGGUUAGAUGUGACUUACAACUCAAGCAAGCAAGUUUCCAAUGGCCAUGAGCUUAUGCCUGCUGUUGUUACUUCCAAACCUCGAGUCGAGAUUGGUGGUGAAGACAUGAGGUCCGCUUAUACUUUGAUCAUGGUAGACCCAGAUGCACCAAGCCCUAGCGACCCAUAUCUAAGAGAACAUCUCCAUUGGAUUGUGACAGAUAUUCCCGGAACAACUGAUAUUACAUUUGGUAAAGAAAUAGUGUGCUAUGAAACACCAAAGCCAGUGGUGGGAAUACAUAGGUACAUAUUUAUAUUGUUCAAGCAAACAAGAGGAAGGCAGACAGUGAGGACACCGUCGUCACGUGACUGUUUCAACACUAGGAGGUUUGCUGCUGAAAAUGGCCUCGGCCUCCCGGUCGCCGUCGUCUACUUCAAUGCACAAAGAGAGACUGCUGCCAGAAGAAGAUGAUCAACAUAAUUAAUUAUUAUCAUAAAUCAUAAUUAAGCUAAGCAAGAUAUAUAAAUAUAUACACAUUAUGUUAUAAUGUACGUUAUUAUUAAGGUGUCUAGCUAGUAUUAUAUUUUAUGUUACAUGCAUGUUGUGUACGUUUUUAAUUGGGAAAAGGGUACGUAGGUUUAAUUUGGAAGGGUAAAUUAAGAAAUGGUUGUGUUUCAUAAGAGGAACUAGCUUAGAUUUCUGAAUGAUUGUAUUUCAGAAAUUAUUAGCUAUGUAAUGUUAUUCAUGUGUUAUUGUAUGUCCUUUAAUCUUUGAUGUGA